AUGGCAUUUGCUGUUCAGCCCUGUUUCCCGGCAGAUGCUCCGGGCCUUGCUACCACAAUGAUGGGCGCCCGUCUCACAGAUGCUCAUUGGGUGAAGCAAUGGGAAGAUAAUGUUCUCCCUGAAGAGAUAAUCACCAAGGCUAUCGACCGUGUUCCCUGGAACCUCAUCAACGGUCGAGAUAUCAAGCGACAUCAAAAAGUGGUUGAUGUCGCGAGCGGACAAGUGGUCGGGUAUGCACGGUGGCUGCUGCCUUCCCAUCUAGCAAAGGAUGAGGUCUGGCAAGAAGCGCAAGUAGCUGAGGCCACACCUGAUGAGCGCGCUGUUUUCGAAAAGCUGUCUCAAGCAUACACAAGAUACGGUCGUCCCAUCGGUCUAAAGUCAGGGGAAGAGAUGAAUUACAGAAGUGCACCGCUCGAGGAGGCUGAUGAGCGGGUCACGCGAGAUGGUCCAUUCCUUACGCUUGAUUAUUUGACCACGGACCCUUCUUUCUGGCGACGGGGUGUUGGAACCAUGCUUGUUGAAAGUGGGUUGCAAAUUGCUGAUCAGUAUAAAUUAAAGACCUAUGUUAUGUCUGAGCCGGCCGCAUUGAAAUUGUAUCUUAAUCUUGGGUUUAAGUUAGUAGAGACAGUGUCUACUGACUAUUCCCAGUAUGGGGGAUUGGAGCCUAUGGUGCACCAUUUUCUGAUUCGCGAGCCUUUGGUUACAUGA